AGCAGCCCGCCGAUAACAUUGUAUCUCAUCGUGUCCCUUUCUCAGUCCUCUCGCAUAGAUUUCUUUCGCAUUCCCUUUCUCAUCGUCUCUCAAAGGCUAAGCGCUGCCUCACCCGCAGAUGGCAUCGCCCCAACAUCCUCCGAAUGGCGGCAUGAUGGGUCACUAUCCGCACCUCAGGGACGAGGAUAAGACCCCAUCACCUGCUACCAUCGCCGCCAAAUCCAGCCUAUCGCCGACACUCUACACCGAGGAGCCGUCUGCUUUCGAAGCUGCUUUUGCUAGAGCGGGAGGCGAUCAACAGGCUACCUCUCACGGCUCAGCAAUGCUAGGUAAAGCAGCCUCAUCUUCCUCUCCGCCCGCUUCCAGCAAUCAUGCUGAGAAGAAAACCAAUGCCCACGAGCGUGGACCUCAAGCCGGGAGCAGCAUCGGCGGCAGCAGUAGUCACAGCAAUCACACUUAUGGAGCAUCGCGUAGAGCAGUGCAACAAAUAGACGAGCAGCUCAGCGGAUACGCUACGCAAGAGCGAUCUCACAGUGUGACACGAGGUGGAGGUAGGGCAGACGCUAUUGGGGGGACUGGAAGGGGAACCGUUGCUACAGGCGAUCUCGGGCCACAGGAUGAUUUUGAGACCCUGGAGGAUCUCAGGGCGCAGGUCGCUGAGCUCGAGGCAGACUUCAAUGCCAAGCACGGGCAGGAACCGCUCUCCGGGAGAAUCAUUCACGUCAGCCAUUACAUCCCCUUUGUCAUUCGCGCCCUGGCCGAAGUGGACCACGAGAGGAGGAAGGAGGAACAGAUCAGCGCUACUGCAAAUGUUGCAGCCAUGGCGGCUGCUGCUAGAGCCAAGAAGGCCGCAAGACAGGCAGAGAUGGAGGCAAAGAAGAAGGAAGCAGAAGCAGAGGCUGCUCGCAAUGCUGCGAAGGAGGCGCAAAACAAGGGCGAGGACGUGAAUAGCGCCAAAGCCUCUCCCGCUCGUAAGCCCUCUUUCGCGUCACCAAACGCAUUCACACUGUUCGAUGGAGCUGAGAUCGAGCGGCGCCUCGCCGAGAAUCAAGCCAGAUCAAGGUUACGAGGAGGCAGGAGAGCCUGGAUGAUGUCCCCUGUCGUGGACGACGAUGAAGACGACGACGAUGCCGUCAGUCUGAAGGAUGCUUAUACACCCGUCGGCAGUAGGCGUCCCAGCAGAUUCUCGUUCAGUUCUCGCUUUAGCUUUUCCAGUAACACGGGCGAUUCGCCAGCGCGGAGGCCAGCGUUCGGCGGCGGUGGCAUCAGCGACUUCGAGCCGAGUCCAGCGGCUACUCCUCCCCACCCACCACAAGAAGCUCCCCCACCUCAAUGGGUUUUGGCCCCGCGGCGUGGUCAUACUGCUCUCAAUUCUGGUAUCCGCUCGCUGUGCAAGACGCACAAGCAGACAUUCAUCGGAUGGCCUGGAGAUGUCCACUUCGCUCUUCAGGCUCGGCAAGACGAGCGGAAAGAUCCGAGUGAGACGACUCCACAAGAGAGAAAGGAGAUUGAAGAGGUGCUGAGCAGCUUGGACGACCCCAAGAAUUGGAGGGCUCAAGAUGCUCCGGUCCUGGGCGCUGACCCGUCAAUGAGUGUGGAUGGUGCUCCUCCAACUCGAAAGGUUCCGGGACCCCUCAUGAACGGCGCGGACCCAAUAGCUGCUGAAUCCAACGCAAAGACUGGUGCUAGCAAAGAUACAGCGGCCAACGGCCGCGAUGAUCCCGAAGGUGGUGCGGAGCACGGAAUCAAGUACGUACCCGUCUGGCUUGGCUACGACGUUGCACAUGGUCACUACGAGGGCUACUGCAAGACAACUCUUUGGCCGUUAUUCCACUAUCUGCUCUGGCAAGACGUCCCAGGAGACCAACAGGGCUGGGAAGACUACAGUUGGGACGCCUACUUGGCGACCAAUGAGGCUUUCGCAAAGAAGAUUGCAGCCGAGUACCAGCCGGGGGACGUCAUCUGGAUCCAUGACUACCAUCUGCUCCUCGUGCCUGCCAUGCUCCGGAAACUCAUUCCCGACGCCCACAUUGGUCUCUUUGUCCACGCUCCAUUUCCAAGUAGUGAAAUCUUCCGCUGCUUGCCACGAAGGCGGGAGAUCAUUGAAGGCAUGCUAGGAGCCGAUCUAGCUUGUUUCCAGGCCUUCUCCUACUCCCGGCACUUCCUCUCCUCUUGUAUCCGGGUCUGUGGCUACGAAGCUUCAUCGAACUCCGUCGAGUCGUCCGAAGGGCAUGUCACGCAUGUCUCCUACAACUCAAUCGGCGUCGAUGCCAACAAGAUCGAAAAGGACAGUCGAGCUCCUGAAGUGGGGCCCAAGGUCCAAGCUAUUCGAGAGAUGUACAAGGACAAGAAGAUCAUUGUAGGUCGAGACAAGCUUGAUGUGGUGCGUGGUGUCGUCCAAAAGCUGCAAGCCUUCCACAAAUUUCUGGAAGAAUGGCCAGAAUGGCGCAACAAGGUCGUCCUCAUUCAGAUCACGGCUCCGUCGAUGACAGACUCGCCGAUGCUGGAAAGACAAGUAUCCGAGCUGGUCAGCAAUAUCAAUGGCCAAUUCGGCAGUCUGAACCACACGCCGUGUAUUCACUAUCAUCAGCAGCUGCUUCGGGAAGAGUACUUUGCUUUGCUGAGCAUCGCGGACAUGGCUCUGAUCACUUCGGUGAGGGAUGGGAUGAACACAACAUCGAUGGAGUACAUCCUGGCAAACCAGGAUGCGCCCCUCAUCCUGUCCGAGUUCACAGGCACAGCGGGUCGCAUGCGUCACGCCCUGCAAGUGAAUCCAUGGAACAUCUUUGGUGUAGCCCGAGCCAUCGACUAUGCUCUUAGAAUGAGCCACGAUGAGCGCAAAGAGCGGCAUGAUGAGCUGUAUCGCCAGAUUGUGAACCAUACUUCUCAUCACUGGGCCAUCAGUCUGGUCAAGCAGAUUCUGCUACGCCUUCAUUCUGAGCAAACUGCACAUCUCACCCCGGCCUUGGACAAGCCGCUGUUGAAGGAGAGAUUCGACAAGGCCAAGAAGAGGCUGAUUCUAAUGGACUACGACGGAACAAUGACACCCAUCGUCAAGGAUCCGGAAGCCGCGGUGCCAUCCAAGCGCCUGCUAGAGGCACUGGACAAGCUCGGAAGCGAUGAGCGCAACGUCAUCUGGGUCGUCUCGGGUAGGGAUGAUCGCUUCCUGUCCAAGCACUUGGGUCAUCUGAAGGUUGGGUUCUCAGCUGAGCAUGGUGGCUACGUCAGGGAACCCGGGUCUCAAGAAUGGCAGAAUCUGACCAAGGAGCUGGACAUGAGCUGGAUGCCGGCCAUUCGUCAAGUCUUCGAGUACUACACCGAGCGGACCAGUGGUAGCUGGAUCGAGCAGAAGAAGUCGAGCAUCACCUGGCACUAUCGUAAUGCGGAUCCAGACUAUGGCAUCUUCCAGGCCAAGGAAUGCCAAGCUCACUUGGACAACUUUGCGGCUCAGGAGAAGUUUGCAGUCGAAAUCAUGGUGGGCAAGAAGAACCUCGAGGUUCGGCCGUUGGCCGUCAACAAGGGCGAAAUCGUCAAGAGGAUCACACACUCCCAUUCUGACGCGGAGUUCGUCUUCUGCUGUGGAGACGAUCGUACGGAUGAGGACAUGAUGAAAUUCUUCUGCUCGCUGACGCCCGUAAAUGGAGAAGCUCCUCUCAUGGCCAACAAUACUGGUGGUGUUGCAAGUCAAGCCGCCAGCGGAACACGGCUAUCCCUUCCGCGCCUGUCUACAUCGGGAUCCCAGAGUGAGACGACCAUGGGAGGAUGUGCUUCGGCUGCUCAGGAGGAGCAGGAGACGGCACCCCUGAUCAUGUCGGCUCCGGCACCCUUGUCGUCAUCAAGUCGCGGAGGAAGUGGAGAGCAGGCCUCCGGUGGUGGUGGUGGUGGUGGCGGUUCGUCUGCGAUCAAGCUCGCCUUGACGAAGCGGGGCAUCUUCACUACUGCCAUUGGUGCAGCGAGCAAAAAGACGCUGGCCAGAUGGCAUUUGGAUGGACCACAGAGUGUCAUUGCCGUCUUGGCGACGAUGGCUGGUCUCGAGGAUGCAGACGCGCCAUUGCCGUCAGCCCAGGAUGAGGAAAAGGCAGCAGAUGCGGCAAGGGAGGAAGCGGACGGGGAGGAUGGUGAUGUCGAUGGAAAGUGAGCAUGAGCAGCC